AUGAAGCUCACCAAUCCGGGCACAGUCCCGGUCUACACAGUAUCUGGUGCAUCGACAGCAAGGCCGUUGCCCGACUGGCUCGCGAGACGGAGAAAGCGAUCGCUCAAGAAUGACCCCGAGUACCAGAACCGCGUCGAACUUCUUCAGGACUUCGAGUUUGAAGAGGCAAGCAACUGCAUCGCCGUCAGCGAAGACGGUGACUGGGCCGUGAGCACCGGAACUUACAAGCCCCAAUUCCACGUCCACACGCUCUCGCAGCUCUGCCUCUCCUUUGCCCGCCACACAGAUUCUCUGACGGAGAAGCUAGCGCUCCUGUCAUCCGACUACUCUAAGAUCCUCCUCCUCCAGAAUGACCGAAGGGUGGAGCUGCAUACUCCGAUGGGUAUGCACUAUUCUAUCAGGAUGCCGAGAUACGGUCGAGACCUCGUCUACGAUCGCCCGUCCGCCGAAGUUUACGUCCCAUCUGUCGGCGUCGAUCAGGACGGAUUCGGAGAAGUGUUUCGUCUUAACUUGGAGAUUGGGAGGUUCAUGAAAUCUUUCCAAGUCGACGUCGGUGGAGACGACCCCGGUUCUGGCCUGCAGGGCGGCAUCGGUGCGGGCAGCAUCAACACAGCGGCCAUCGCCGAAAACUCCCACGGUCUCGCUGCCUUUGGUACGUCGAUCGGCACCGUGGAGUUUUGGGACCCGAGGUCUAAAUCCCGAGUGGCUCUUCUCUCCACCCAAGAAGGCGGGAUUACAACCCUGGACUUCAAUAACUCGGGUCUCUCCUUGGCUACGGGUUCGUCCAACGGCAUGGUGCAGCUCUUCGACCUCCGACGACCCGUCCCGCUUCUUUCCAAGGACCAAGGCUACGGGUUCCCUAUUAAGAAGUUGAUUCACAUGACGACAGCGUCUCAGGAAAAGAAAAUCAUGUCAGCGGACAAAAGGAUCAUCAAGAUCUGGGACGAGCUCGAUGGGGAACCCUUCACUUCCGUGGAGCCCAUUGUGGACCUCAACGAUGUGGCAUGGUGUAAGAAUACGGGCAUGCUGCUCACCGCCAACGAAGGGAAACAACAACAUUCCUUCUUCAUCCCGGGUCUCGGACCCGCUCCCAAGUGGUGCUCGUUCCUCGACAAUAUGGUGGAAGAGAUGGCCGAGGAAGCGAAGACAGAGACCUACGACAACUACAAGUUCCUCACGCUACCCGAGCUGAAGUCACUAAGCCUGACGCACCUGGUUGGAAAAUCAAGUUUGCUACGGCCAUAUAUGCACGGCUAUUUUGUCGCCUCGAAACUGUACGACCAGGCACGUCUGAUCGCGAACCCAUACAUCUGGGAAGAAGAGAGGACCAAGCGCAUCAAAGAAAAGGUGGAGAAGGAGCGCGAGAGCAGGAUCCGGGGCAAGAAGAAGGUCAAGGUCAACCAGAAGCUGGCAGACAAACUUCUGCAGCGGCAGCAAAAUCGGGAGAAGGUGGAUACCGAAGCUGGUAUGCUCGGAGACGAUCGUUUCGCCAAGAUGUUCGAGGACGAAGCCUUCGUCGUGGACGAGACGAGUCACGAGUUCAGGUCUCUCAACCCGAGCACAGUUGUCCCUGGCUCUGCGCCUGCUGGCGGGUUUGGUCAAGUUGGCAAUCAGAACGACAAGCGAAACGGCGGCAGUGGUGCUACACGUCAACAGGCAGGUCAGGCGAAGGCGGAGCCGGACGUCACCAUGAAGGUCUCGUCAUCCAAGGGCCGCAAUUCGAAGGACGCCGCAUUCGGAUCCAGACCACAGAAGGCAGGGCGUGUCACCAAAGCUCGAGGUGACGUGGUGGGCGAGCAUCAGAUCACCUUCGUCCCGGAGAGAAGGAAAAAGAAGUCUGAAUGGUCACAACCGAAGGACGAACAGCCACAGGAGAAGAGAUCAGGACCCAGACGGAGCGCGUCCACAAAUACAUUUAGGAAAAUGCGGUAA